GUGGAGAGGAGAGAAGCUGAGAAGGGAAGGAAUUCUUGCACGUAGCCCCCACCCGCACCACCACCGGCGUCGUCGUCUCUCUCCCCCAGAUCUCCCCUCCCCUCCCCUCCCCCCUCGCCACCACCGCCAGCCACCGCGCGGGAUCGGGGAGAGCGAUGGCGGACGGCGGCGGCGACGGCGCGAUGCCGGACCCGACGGUGCGGAACCUCCUGGAGCAGGAGAGCCUCAAGUGGGUGUUCGUCGGGGGGAAGGGCGGGGUGGGGAAGACGACGUGCAGCUCCAUCCUCUCCAUCCUCCUCGCCUCCGCCCGCCAGUCCGUCCUCGUCAUCUCCACCGACCCCGCCCACAACCUCAGCGACGCCUUCCAGCAGCGCUUCACCAAGUUCCCCACCCUCGUCCGCGGCUUCAACAACCUCUACGCCAUGGAAAUUGAUCCAAAGGUCGAAAAUGAUGACUUCGCUAAUGAAGGAAUGGAAGGAUUCCUUUCAGAACUGACAAAUGCAAUUCCAGGAGUUGAUGAAGCUAUGAGUUUUGCUGAAAUGCUGAAACUGGUCCAAACAAUGGAUUACUCUGUUGUAGUUUUUGAUACUGCUCCAACAGGUCAUACUUUACGAUUGCUCCAGUUCCCUGCAACACUAGAGAAAGGUCUAGAGAAAAUGAUGGCCUUGAAAAAUAAAUUUGGUGGACUGUUGAAUCAGGCAACUCGAUUGUUUGGUCUUGGUGAUGAACUGAAUGAGGAUGCAAUGCUAGGGAGACUUGAAGGCAUGAAGGAUGUGAUUGAGCAAGUGAACAGGCAAUUUAAAGAUCCAGACUUGACAACUUUCGUAUGUGUUUGUAUUCCUGAAUUUCUUUCAUUGUAUGAAACGGAGAGAUUGGUGCAAGAGUUGGCAAAGUUCGAGAUUGAUGCACAUAAUAUUAUUAUCAAUCAAGUUCUCUUUGAUGAGGAAGCCGUUGAGUCUAAACUUCUAAAGGCACGGAUAAAAAUGCAACAAAAAUAUAUUGAUCAGUUCCAUAUGUUAUAUGAUGACUUCAACAUAACCAAGUUGCCCUUGCUUCCAGAAGAGGUAUGCGGCGUCCAGGCUCUGCAGAACUUUUCACGGCAUUUCCUUACACCAUACAAGGCUGCUCUGAAAAGAGGUACAGUGGAGGAGGUGGAACAGAGAGUAUCACUACUAAAAUCAGCACUGCAAGAGGCCGAGUCAGAACUAGAUAGACUAAGGAAAGGGAAGCAGGUAGCAUAAUCUUUUUUCACAUGUCAAGUGCAUGGGAAUGCCAAAAUCGUGAAAAAAGCGGAACUAGAGAGAAACAUCUCCUUUUUGUCUCGCUACAUACUGCAGUCGAUUUUAUAAAAUUUUAUUUUUCUCCAAAUGGGAUUUUUAACCUUGUUAUAGCUAUUGGCAGAAAGUGUACUUCUAGAGUGAGACAAAUGUGGGAUUUUGCCCUUAUUUAUUCAAUGAUCGGUUUGAAGAGUCUGUUCCCCUGA